CAAAUGAAAAAUAAUCGAGAAUCAUAAAUGAUUACAAUUUUGCUAACUUCUUUUAAUAAAUUAUUUUUUUACUAUGCAUAUGAUUAAUCUGAUGUUUCCUCAUCAAGUGACGUAACACUACUCCGAAAAAUUACCAAAUCAUCCCAACAUUUGCCCAAACACUUGGGUUGAAAAUGUGAUAAUUAAAUUACCGACUUCUAGUCCUUUUCAAUGUGAAAAUUCAAUUUUACGCUUUUCCAAAUGAGAACAAAAAACUUUCUGCUUACAUUAUGUGUGAUAGUAUCAGUCAGUCUGAUUUUCAUCAUAUUUGGCCAAGAAAAACCUGAAAGUAUUCAAAAUAUUGUCAGUACAACCAAUGAACAAAUAAAAAAUUUCAAGGAUAACCUUCAUGAUGCAGAAACUAAAACCCUAAAUGCUGAUGAGAAGUACCUACAUCGUCUAGGUUUCAUGGGUCAAACCAGACUUUACCCACAUGAUGUUUGGAAAAAUACUUCACUUCCUGUUAUUGUUACCUAUGUCAUAGAGGGUCAGGAAAGCCAGGCAGCUGGUCUUAUUUUCAAUAUUGCAAAGAUACUACCAAAUAAUACCAUUCUAGUUUAUAAUUUAGGAAUAAGUGACCAAGGAUAUAAAAUGCUCACAAAUUAUUGUAAUUCUACCAGAUGCCAAGUAAUCAGUUUUGAUUUAUCGGAAUUUCCAUCUCAUGUAGAAAUAGAUGUCCUCCAUGCAUAUAGACCAUUAGUAAUUCAGGAUGCCCUCUACAACACAGGAGCAAUUUUCUUCAUAGAAUCAAAUUACCGGAUACUGAAAAAUGCAUCUCAUGAUGUGAUCACCAGACUUUACAAGGACAUAGUGAAAAACUCGGGUAUCCUGGCUUGGCCAUUCGAAUUGAAGAACCCUGUGUCCAGUUUAACACACAAGAAAAUGUUCGAGUACUUUCACACUGACGCAGACAGCUUCCUUUUUCUCCAGAUGGUCAGAGCAGAUAUCCUGGUCAUUGUUAAUACGGAAAGUAUUCACAAAAAUGUGAUGUUGCCAUGGGUGCAAUGUGCUUUAACUCAAGACUGCAUUAUACCUAUAGGGGCCCAAUCUGCAGGUUGUAAGUUUGACAAAAAGCCUCAGUUUAGAUAUUCUGGGUGCCACAGCUAUGACACUUCUGCAUUGAAUAUAGCCUUGGGACUUGUUUUUGAACAGAACAGUGAGUCAUAUACAUAUAGUGAUUCUGUUAAUUAUUUUGAAGUGGUUUCUUUAAAUAAAGCUGAAGCUAUGUUGAAGGAACUGGAACAGAAUUCUACUACUGAAGGACGCUUAGACUCCUUUCAAUGAAUGUGUGAAUUCAUGAGGACUAAUUUGAUACCAAACAUUUUUUUUAUACACCUUAUUUUUUUCAUAAUAUAAUUAUGAAUAUUUUGUUUGUAACACUUGGUCAGAAAUUCAGUUCAUUAGAAAACUCGCCAAGUUUCAUCAUAUCUCAGCCAGAUUUGAGGAAAAAACAUUAUUUAUUUCUCAACAAGACUUCUGAACUGAUUCAGUUUUGUUAUUUGCUUGUUUUCAGUCCUUUUAAUUUACUAUCCAUUCCUUUUAUAAUAUACAUAGGUUCGUAAAAAGCAAAUAUGUGAUCCAAUUCAGUAUGAGAAUAUUUUUAUAUAUACAUUAAAAUGUAUAAUUAUCUUCAUUUUUUUCUUCGGCAGGAAGACUCUCAUUUAGUAAUCUGCGUCGAAAUUAUACCUUACUCUCAUUCUUACAGAUGAAAUCUACUCAAUUUAGUAGAAGAAAAAACUUUUUUUUUUUUCACCCAUCAUCACUGUUCAUUAAUCAAGGUUUUUUAUUUACUCAUUUCGAUGCCAAGAGUUACGUUAACCAAAAAUGUAUGUGAUUCGCAUUGCUAACUUAUUUAGGGCUGCUUUUAAUUGAUCUCAAGAUGAGUUACUUCUGCUCAAUAUUUUGAAAUUGUGUGGGUCCUCAUAAUAUUUGACAUGCUAUUCAUCCCUUUCAAUUUUUUAGAUUAGUUUAUUAUAGCAUAGAGUUCAACUAGUCCUGACCAUAAUUAUUUAUUAACGGACACAUGUAAAUAUCUCAGUUGUGAAGAGAAAAUAACUUUUUUCUACGGCUAUAACAAAAAAUUGCUCUUGUUCUACUGUGUUUGAUACAUCAGUGAGGAACUUUGUAUGUCAUCAAUUUUAUUUCCGUAUCUGAUAUCACAAUGACACCAUUGUGUUAUUAUUUC